GCUCUACUAGGAAUGUUAUCUGUAAUUGAAAGAUAUGCAAGCCUGUGUGCUAAAAUGGCCCUCAUCAACGUCUCUUCGACCUCACCAAAAGACCACCUCGUUUGUCAACCCUAACCCUCCAUCUCUAAGAUAUCAACCAUAUCUACCGGGAACUACUAGACAACACAGAGAAAGAGAAGCGGCGGCCGGCGGAGAAGCUGGAGAAAUGGGCAUGCAAAUGAGGAUUGGCUACCACAAUCAUCUCCUUCAUCACAGUGCUUCUGCAGCUCCGGCAGUCUCUACGUCUUUACGCCCCUUUUCUUCUUCUUCUUCUUCAAUUUUAUUCCGAUUUCAGAAGAACUUGAGCGACGGAAGCGUAAUCAGAACGACCAAAGGAAGAAGCAGUAGUUAUCGCAAUUAUGGGAUUGUGGCCUCAAGCAACGUGGGUGCGCCGCUUUGGGAGACUUGGAAACCUGACAAGGCUUCUUCUGCUCCUUCCCUCAGCGACGUUCUGUGGCCUUCUGCAGGGGCAUUUGCAGCAAUGGCGAUAUUGGGGAGAAUGGAUGAGAUGCUAACACCCAAAGGAGUUUCAAUGACAAUUGCACCUUUAGGAGCUGUUUGUGCUGUCCUCUUUGCCACUCCUACCUCUCCAGGUGCCCGGAAGUACAACAUGUUCAUGGCACAAAUUGGUUGUGCAGCCAUUGGGGUACUGGCAUUUUCUGUAUUAGGGCCAGGAUGGCUUGCCCGGAGUUUUGCCCUCGCUGCUUCCAUUGGUUUCAUGAUCUUCACACGUUCCACGCAUCCGCCAGCUGCAAGCUUGCCGAUACUCUUCAUUGACGCAGCAAAGUUGCAUCACCUGAAUUAUUGGUAUGCUUUCUUCCCCGGUGCGGCCGGAUGCAUUCUUCUUUGCUUGAUCCAAGUGAUGGUGUUAUACUUGAAGGACAACUUCAAAUUCUGAUCUGAAAACGAAACCCUAAAUGAUUUGUUCUGUAAAGAUUGUGAUCUAAUAGUUUUCUCUCAUACGCCUGGAUCGGUCGACUGUGGUCCUUUGUGGAUUAAUGGUUCCAGGUUCUAAAGUUGAUGUCGUCAUACAAAUAUCUGCUUGCCACGGACCAUGGAAUUUUGUAAGAAACUCCCAUUAUAUAUCAAUACAAACCUCAUUGUUUCAUCAAAUUGGCGGAAAGUGGCAGAGUAGUACUACCGGGUUUCUUGUGAAAAUAUCAUCUUCCCUCGAGCUUAAUCGAGAGUUGUACGCACCAAAUGCCUUACAACUUUCAAAGAAUCCAUGUACAAGAAUGGUAUCCACGAUCAAAAUAAACAGGUUAUUAAUCAAUUGUACUCGAAAUAAAAGUUACCUUUUGAACCUCU